AUGUCCGAACUCUUCUCGUCCGAACUCGCCUGUCCAGAAGUCGAGUGGUCCGAGCUCCCAUUUUCCGAACUCACCGGGUAUGCAUUUGCCGAUCCCGAACUCAACCCAAUGAGUUGCUUCCUGACUCCCGUGCCCAAAUUCGCCUCGCCCAUUUCAGCACAGUCUAAUCAGCACUACUUCCAAUUGGACCACCUUGCAUGGUGGGAGGCUGCGAUCUGGGAAUGCAUACCGGUACGUCACUUAGAUCCUACUCCGUUAUCUGAAUAUUGA